CCUCUCCGUGCGGCUCUCUUCCCCAUUUCGCUGCUUUGUUUUCAUCGUUGCUCCUCUGAUCAUGGCUGCCCAUUCUGCAGAAGAACCGUUCCCCUUCCAUGGACUGCUUCCCAAAAAAGAAACAGGAGCCACGUCUUAUCUCACCAGGUUCCCCGAGUACGAUGGCCGAGGAGUGCUCAUCGCUAUCCUGGACACUGGCGUUGAUCCCGGGGCCCCCGGCAUGCAGGUCACAACUGAAGGGAAGCCAAAGAUCGUCGACAUCAUCGAUACAACAGGCAGCGGUGACGUGAAUAUGACCACGUUGGCAGAACCUAAAGAUGGGACAAUCACUGGCCUCUCUGGUAGAACACUUAAGAUCCCACCUUCCUGGGUAAAUCCAUCAGGGAAGUAUCGCAUUGGAGUUAAAAAUGGCUAUGAGUUCUUCCCUAAGGCUCUAAAAGAAAGAAUACAGAAAGAGCGAAAGGAGAAGUUGUGGGACCCACCACACCGAGCAGCACUAGCAGAGGUCUCACGCAAAUCCGAAGAGUUUGACCUCUCUCACCCAACACCCUCACAGAUGGAGAAGUUACAGAAAGAAGAGCUGCAGAGUCAGUCUGAGCUGCUGGCGUCACUAGAAAAGAAGUACAGUGACCCUGGUCCUGUAUAUGACUGUGUUCUUUGGCAUGAUGGAUUCACAUGGAGGGCUGUGGUCGACACUUCAGAGAGUGGAGACCUGCCCCAGUGCACCGUGCUGACCUCCUACAAAGAGUCACAAGAGUAUGCCACGUUGGGAAAUGCUGAGAUGCUCAACUACUCCGUUAAUAUUUAUGAUGAGGGAAACACACUCUGCAUCGUCACCAGUGGAGGGGCUCAUGGGACACAUGUCGCAAGCAUCGCAGCAGGGUACUUCCCAGAGGAACCUGAGCGCAACGGCGUGUCCCCCGGUGCCCAAAUCCUGGCUCUUAAGAUUGGAGACACUCGCCUCAGCACAAUGGAAACAGGCACUGGACUCAUCCGCGCGAUGAUUGAAGUCAUCAACUACAAGUGUGACCUGGUUAACUACAGCUAUGGGGAAGCCACCCACUGGCCUAAUACAGGGAGGAUUUGUGAGGUGAUCACUGAGGCUGUGCAGAAGCACAAUGUGAUAUUUGUUUCAAGUGCAGGAAACAACGGCCCCUGCCUUUCGACGGUCGGCUGCCCAGGAGGAACCACCAGCAGUGUCAUAGGAGUUGGAGCAUAUGUGACUCCAGACAUGAUGGUGGCAGAGUAUUCCCUGAGAGAGAAGCUACCUCCCAACCAGUACACCUGGUCGUCCCGGGGCCCCAGUACAGACGGGGCCCUGGGAGUCAGCAUCAGUGCGCCAGGUGGGGCCAUUGCAUCUGUACCCAACUGGACUCUUCGUGGUACACAGCUAAUGAACGGCACUUCUAUGUCGUCCCCUAAUGCCUGUGGCGGCAUCGCACUGAUCCUCUCAGGAUUAAAGCAGAAUGGUAUCCCUCCCUCUGUUCCUGCGGUGAGAAGGGCGCUGGAGCAAACAGCUUUGAAGAUCGAUGACAUCGAGGUGUUUGCACAAGGCCAUGGAAUAAUCCAGGUGGAUAAGGCUUUAGACUACCUCACUCAACACGCCUCUUUACCCACAAGCCAACUAGGCUUCUCAGUAAGUGUCGGAUCACAGAGAGGCAUCUACCUCAGGGACCCAGCCCAUGUUCUCGCACCCUCAGAUCACGGAGUAGGAAUUGAACCAAUCUUCCCGGAAAACACAGGGAACCCUGAGCGAAUCACCUUGCAGCUACACUUAGCGCUGACAUGUGCCGCCCCUUGGGUCCAGUGCCCCUCCCAUCUAGAGCUGAUGAACCAGUGUCGCCAUGUGAACGUCCGCAUCGAUCCUGUGGGGCUGAGAGAGGGAGUGCACUACACAGAGGUGUGUGGGUAUGACACAUCAGCACCUAGCUGUGGACCUCUUUUCAGAGUCCCAAUCACAGUUAUAAUCCCUGCCAAAGUGACAGAUAGUCGUAAUCCAGAGGUGUGUUUCACAGACGUCCACUUCAGACCGGGUCAGAUCAGACGCCACUUCAUCACGGUUCCUCAGGGAGCCUCCUGGGCAGAGAUCACACUGACCUCUCAUUCGGUGGACGUGUCCUCCAAGUUUGUUCUCCAUGCGGUGCACCUGGUCAAACAGAAAGCCUACCGAGCUAAUGAAUUCUACAAGUUCUCCUCCCUGUUGGAAAGAGGCUCACUAAUUGAAGCUUUCCCAGUGCUGUCUGGCAGGAUAGUAGAGUUUUGUAUUGCACGCUGGUGGGCGAGCCUUGGAGACGUCACAGUGGACUACAGCAUUUCCUUCCAUGGACUCCACACUUCCCCUUCACCCCUGCACAUACAUGCCUCAGAGGGAGUGACGAGUUUUGAUGUGUCGUCUCCACUGAGGUACGAGGAGGUGUCCCCCACUAUCACCUUUAAGUCUUGGGUUCAGCCUCUCAGGCCGUUAAAUUCAAAGAUAAAAGCCCUUGGAUUGAGGGACAUUCUGCCAAACAACCGACAACUCUAUGAGAUUGUGCUCACCUAUAGCUUUCACCAGCCGAAGAGCGGAGAGGUCACCCCCAGCUGUCCCAUGCUGUGUGAGCUGCUGUAUGAGUCUGAGUUUGACAGUCAGCUCUGGAUGCUGUAUGACCAGAACAAGAGGCUACUGGGCUCUGGGGAUGCCUACCCUCACCAGUAUUCUCUGAAGCUGGAAAAGGGGGACUACACUGUGCGUCUGCAGGUCCGCCACGAGCAGUCCAGCGAGCUGGAGCGCCUUAAGGACCUACCGUUUGUGGUUUCCCACCGUCUGUCCACCACACUCAGUCUGGAUGUCUACGAGUCGCACCGUGCUGCCCUCAUGGCCAAGAAGAAGGCAAACUCUCUCACCCUGUGCCCGGGCGCCACUCAGCCCUUCUACGUCACAGCCCUGCCAGACGACAAGGUCCCAAAGGGGACGAGUCCAGGAUGCUAUCUUUCAGGUUCGCUGGUUGUUCCCAAGAGCGAAUUUGGCAAGAAAGCAGGGCAGGCCUCUGCAAAACGACAAGGAAAGUUUAAAAAGGAUAUCGUUCCGGUCAUCUACCACCUAAUUCCUGCUCCCAACAAAACGAAGAACGGAGGAAAGGAGAAGGACAAGGAAGCAGACAAAGAGAAGGACGUGAAGGAGGAGUUUGCGGAAGCUAUGAGAGACUUAAAGAUCCAGUGGAUGACAAAGUUGGACACCAGCAUCAUCUAUGAUGAAUUGAGGGAAAACUACCAAGAUUACCUCCCCCUGCACGUGCAACGACUACACCAGCUGGACUCUGAAAAGGAGCGCGCCAAACGUCUGAAGGAGGUUGUGUCUGCAGCCGACAUCGUCAUCUCCCACAUCGACCAGACGGCCUUGGCUGUUUACCUCACCUUGAAGACUGACCCUCGGCCUGAUGCCGCCUCCAUCAAAACUGACAUGGAGAAGCAGAAGUCGUCGCUGCUGGACGCUCUGUGCAGGAAGGGCUGCGCUCAGGCCGACCAGCUCCUGCUGCCCCCCACGCCGCAGGACGGUGCCGCUGCGGUCUUGACGGGACCACCACCGGCAGCAGAAGAAGAAGAAGAAGAGGAAAUUGGGGACCAGGUGGCCAGCAGCUCUGAUGACUCCGUGCAGAGUGUGGUUAUAGCGUUGACGGAAACAUUUUGGGAGGUGCAGAAGUGGGCGGAGCUAACUGACUCCAAGGUAUUGAUGUUUUCAUACAAACACGCUCUCGUGAACAAGAUGUACGGCCGAGCUUUAAAAUAUGCCUCAAAGAUGGUGGAGGAGAAGCCCAGCAAAGACAACAUGAAGAACUGCAUCCAGCUGAUGCGACACCUCCGAUGGACCCACUGCGCCACCUUCAGUGAGAACUGGCUCCCUGUCAUGUACCCCGCAGAAUACACUGCUUUCUAGGCACAGACGCACAUGCAUGCACGAGCACAGUCCAUCACAUGGUAACUUGAAUAUCAUGCCCCUCAGGGUUACAUGGUCUAUGCAUCUGUGGUUUUCAAAUGUAGAUGUAGACGGACACCAAAAUGAAGGAUGACAAAGAGUGUGAACAGUUAGAGACACUCGACAACUUAUAAGGCGAGAGGGGAUCACUCUCGUCCUGUCUGUAAGUGUUCAACAUCAGACACAACAGACAAAUUACAAAUCAUUUACUUCAUAUUCUUUAAACCUUUUAAACCGCUGUCAAGGCUUGAAUAUACUGUAGCUCGGUGCUUUCUUAAUUGGCUGUUGUCCUUCUUAUUUUGGUGUCAGAUACACAUUUAUAGGCUUUCAUAUCCCUGCUCGUCCGUCAGAUUUCCAGACUCCAUAUCACACACGUAACCUCAUUCACUGCACAUCACAUAGAUCACCUCAAUCUCUCAUGUAAAUAUUGUAGAAGGCCACUGCGGACUCCAGGGACGCAUUCGAAGUCUUUUACAGAAAAUAAGAAAGAAAUGACUGCGACCCUAUCGACUCACUUUCAAAAGGGACAGCAGAAAAACUGGCCGUUAUGAUACUUAGAAGACAGGAGGACUUUGCUGCUGCACGAUGUUCGGACAUACGAGGUCACACACGGUCUGCCCUAUCCCUGAAAUAAAAGGGAGUCAGAACUUGAUCACUUCUUCUUUGUUUGUUGACUGUUUCAGCCAGGCCUGGUCGAUAAAUUUAACAUUUUGUCCGGCUGUCUUUUUAGGCUCUGACUAGAGUACACAAAACAAUAUUAAGGGUGCCUUUCUACUUGUACCUUACCCUUUUUUUCAGUUGCGAUGAGAAAGUGCGAGGCUGCAGAACCAGUAGCGUCUACAAACACUCAUUUUACCCAUCAUCCUAAAGCUCAUAUAUCUGCAGUAUGCAGGCCGUCAGUGACUUGUCAGCUACUAGGAAGCCACAAACACUUUCAAGGCUUCGGAUGUAAUGAGCAGCACAUUUCAAUAAAAACUUUACUUACAGACCUCAAUCACAUCCAAUUUGCAGUUUAGAGAGAGCGGAAGGAUGUCAACAUUUCAUUGUAAAAUGUCCACGCAGUAUUAGACGUUUUUUCUGCAGCAUUCAAAAUGUUGCAUUUGUACACAGUGUCAUAAAAUAAUGUACAUACACACAUAACGUAAAAAAAAUAUUAAAAUGCAAUAGGUAUAUUCAACAAAUAUUAUUCUAAUUGAUGUAUUUUGCAUAUAUGCAUGUCUUCUAGGGUGUAAGGAGGAACAAUGGUUUAUUUUGAAGCAGAUUUUAGUUUGUUUCAAUUAGAAAGGUUUUAAAUCCCAAACAAGGUUCUGAUGAUUGUCCACUGUUUGUUGUUUUCAUGAGUGUGUGUUUGUGAAUGACUUUGUUACUUGUGAACAUAUUUUUGUGUCCCUGAACAUUUUCUCCCUACAGAACGGAUGGUAGCCAAUUAGGAGGCUAAGCAUGGAUUUGUUUUUGGUUUGUUUUCUGAUACAUUAUUUACGUGCCAGUGGUUUUGUAUGUUUUAUUAGCUUUUCUAAAAAUACAUAGCAAUUUAACAUGGGAUCUUAAGUUAUGUUUAAUGGGUUUUCUCAGUCAACUGUUUUUUUUUUCAAGAUUGAUUAGGAGAUUUUUUCAAACCUUCAUACUGAACACCAAGUCUGCAUUAAAGGACUUUAAACCAAAUGUAUUCAUCUAUUUACCAAGGAAUGGUGGAGAUUUUACAUAAGGAUAAAACAUUUUGACAAAUUUAGAACGUUUUUAUUCCACAUGAGAGCUUUCUGUUUAUUCUACCUCACUGGGUUCAGGUUCUACAGGCAAUGUCACAGAAUAUAAGAGGAGAAGAAAAAUGAUCUGCCAAGUAUAAAACUGCAUCUCAUACACAUACAACAGGCAUGUUCCUUUAAAAAAAAUGUCACCUCAUCAAUUAUCUUAAAUCUGUACUUUAAAUUAUUUUAGAUUUGUGACCUUUUUCCGCUUUGAAUCUGUAAAACUAAGAGAAUUAUUUUCUGUCGGUCUGUAGUGGUACCAGUUUAACAAAGGAUUGCCCCAUGAUAAGUUGGUGUGAAGACACAAAAGGCACAGCAUUAUAAAAUUUUACAAUAGGAGGAAAUUGACUUGCCUUAAAACCACCCAGUGUGAGAACCACACGUAUGUAAUGGCUCGAAAUUGUAUUCGAUGACCUCACAUGUGAAGGAUGCAUACAUAGGAAUUCAAAUGCAGCUAUUUGAAAGCCGAGGCCUUUCAUUCUCAUUCGAGUAAACAAUAUCUUCUGAGAUGACUGUAAACUAUACUAACUAUACACACUCCGCCGAGCAGUUGGCGCAGCCCAUGUUGACCCUGGUUAACGCCACCUCGUGUUUCUGUUUUUAGCCAGGGCUUGCAGACACUCUCUGCAGCAGUGUCAGCACCGGCCUCUCAGAGUGCCCAGGGCUUACUCAAGUCAUUUGGGUUUAAAUGAAUUUGUGCUCAUUGUUUUUAGGCUUUUUUUUUCUUUUGUUUUCUCUUUGUCUUUUUUCUUUUUCAUGUGUUUGGACUUUGGCUGUUGCAGAUGUUACCUUCAGGUCUCUCCUGUCUAAAGUACAUUGCCACUAACAGUCUCUCUCACAAAUGGCCUUAACUUUAACCACAGGACUGUACCGUCCAUUUCUCUUUAUCUGUUGCUUUCACUCUACUGGUGUCAGGAAAUACUUCUUCUGGAUGUUGAGUGUUUAUAUUUGUAGUCAUAAAAUGUAGUAAAUGCCAAUAUUUUACAGAAUGUUAUGAAAUAAGGUUGUAUGCUCUUAGUAUAAUUUUAUACCCCUUCUUCCUUGAUGACAUGGGAAAGACCCGAGCUACUGUCACACUAUUUUAUUGUCACAUGGAAAUAAGUCACAUACAAGGAAAACAAAACUGAAUAAAAACGAUUUGGAAGAA